AGCGAUAAGUAACAAAACUUCAUCACCAAUGUCUAGUCACGCUAUAUACUACGAAAGGACACAUUAACGGUCUGGCUGUUUCGUGGCGGCCUUUGCCCCCAGAGUGCGGGCAAUGCUAUGCACGCGAAAUAAAGAAGGCGAGGCAACAAACGAUAAUAAUUUAAUAUUUAAAAUUCAUCCUUACUGCAAAGUUUAUCCAACGAAGCCAUUAUUUAUGUAAGAUUGUUGCUCCUCCCAGCCUGUCCGCCAGGCAGCACCACCAGCGCCAGCAUACGUGUUCCCUGUUGAACUGCAAAAAGUCAUUUUGUUACGUAAAACAAAAUAAGAAACACUCUAUCGAAUGUUAUCUGGCUUACACUUUGAAACAAUGAUCAAACUUUAGUUCUUUAUUGAGUAUAACAAUCCACGAAACGAAACGAUGAGCGAGUUAUUAUCUCGUUUUUGGUUGUAGCAGGUUUCAUUUCAUGGUUUCGAAUCCAAUCGCGUAAUCGAAAGUGAUGUACAAACCGCGCGAUCACGUUUGCGUUUCUGCUUCCGUUUGUACAGAUUCGAUGUUGUCCCAAACAAAUUCUAGUACGCACGAUACCAACGAUUGGUCUAUUAGAGAGCGUUCUGAUUUCCACGCUCAAAAGUUCGUUACAAUCGAAGAUUCAUAGCGCCUAUUGCACGAUGUAGAGAGCUAUCUAGUGGCGUCUCAAAGAAAACAAUAGUCAGACAACAUAGUAAACGAUAUGCAAACUAACCUCACAGCCCGGUACUGCAAAAUAGCGCUAAUCCAGCAGCAAAUGGUCGCUUAUAUAUGUAUACAUCUUCUUCUCCGGUAGACUAAACAUACUAAAACAUAGGACAAUAGAACGUUAAGGACGUGUGUGCUUUUCUAACCUUAGGUUGUCUGGUUCGUAAACUGGUGUAUUGCUGUUUAAAAUGUGCGAUAGCAAGUGCAAACGACAAACGAAUCUUCUUUCGUCACGUACUUAAUAGGUUCUAUUCAUAAUAUGCUUGCGUUACAUCUCCACUAGUAGCUGUGUUUCUGUGUGUGGUUUUGUAAUAACUGUGUUGUGAUAACAUUUAAUCAAACUUUGUUUAGCACUUAGACACACUCUGACUCUCUCGCUAACGACUAGCAAACUCCUAUUAACAGGGGCAUUUAAGGGGAUCACGCAAUCCUGUCCUGUGCCGUUUUCUCUAAAAAAACACACACUCAAUAAGUGCAGUGGUGCUAGUUUAUGUUUCUUAGCUUUGAAUUCUGAUGAAUUCAGUGAUAAAAGUGCAGCUGUACCACUGGGGUAAUCCAAGGUGGCAGAGUGCUUUCUUUGCGAUCUUUUCGUUCGUUGCGAGUGUUGCAUGUUUCGCGAUGUUUAUAUUUUUCGCUAUUUAACAACAAUGAUUUUGGAUUCUACCAAAAGCGCGUGAUUUAACUGAACACAGCAGUUGCUUUAUUGAGCUAACACGCAAUGGACUUGUUUCGCUCUCAAUUACUACUUUACUACCUUUCGUCCGUCGUUGAUACUAUUAUUAAACACGUUGUGUUACGUGUACUGCCCGCCUGGGGUUUUACAAACGCAUACCGACACAAGACACAUUCCCUCCACAGUUUAAACUUAAGUUUUUUUUUCGAUUUGUUUUUUUUUUGUAUAAGUUUAUUAGAGUGUAAGAAAAUGUUUCGUAUUUUAACGAAGAGCUAUAUUUGCUUCCUAUUUAGUGGAAUGAUGGAACGGAAAAGAAGAGAGCGAGGAACAAAACAAUACUUACAGACCAAAAUAAUAAUCAAAAGAAUAUUUAUCAAACCGGUCGUACGAUCUACAGUUCUUAUUUGCUUUCUUUCUUACCUACCUACCUACUUACUUACUUACUUACUUACUUAGGGCAAACCUAGUCAUCUGUACAAAAAAAGCAGCUAAAUGAUAGUAGCAUUGGUAGUGGUGCAGCUGUUUCAAUGCAAAGCUAACUAACUAUGCUCCUCUAGCACCAAAAGCAGAUCGCAAUGGUAUGGCUGCGACGUACUUCAUCCAACUAUGAAUCCCGCUACUGAUUGAUCGAUAGUGAUAAGCAAAACAUUAAAACUUUGCCAUGUGCAGCGUAUUUUGUAAUACGAUUCCGGGCUUGGUUUGCCAGCAAUUUGAACGGCUAUAGAGAUUGUUUAGUCGAAUGAAAGGAAAGAAAUGGAAAACUUUAUGGAUAUGAGGAUAUUAAAUUUAACUGGUACGCAUAUAUAUGUAUGUGUGUGUGUUUGUGUGCGAGAAGAUUGUGAGACGACAUGCAGGCAUUCAAAAGUGGAACAAUAAAUUUCAAUAAAAACCA